UGAGUAGUGUGUGAUAGUGGUUUUACAAUUCAGCAGAAUAAUUCAAGAGAAGCACGUUUUAGCAGAAUUAAACAAACAAAAUGUACAAGCCACUAGAGUUACCUCCCUGUAAGAUCUGUGAUGGUGAAGCUUCAGGAAUUCAUUAUGGACUCAACACCUGUGAAGCAUGCAAGGCAUUUUUUCGCCGAGCUGUGAUGGAAAAGGAUAAGUACCAAUGUGCAAAGGACAAGGACUGUAAAAUUAUCAACAGGAAAAGAGGAAAUUGCUCGUACUGCCGGCUUCAGAAAUGUCUCAAUCUGGGAAUGUCACGAGAUGCUAUGAGACAUGGACGUUACACUGUUGCCAUUCGAACCAAAACUAUUCUGGAAGUGAAACAACUGAAACAAAAAGCAGAAACCAUAAACCACAUACCUGUCUUGGGGACCCCUCAGUUAGCAAUCCCUUACACAAAUGACUCUUCUAUCCCAAAACUAGACAAUCUCAUCUCCAUAGAGACAACUGACUCCCUCAACCAAGGGUCAGACAACUCUGUUCUAUCCAUGGAAAUCCCAAACAGCAUAUCCAUCCAAAGUAUUUCCUCACAGUCAACAGACACCAGUACAGAUUUCAUCACAUCUCCCACAGAUUUCAUGACACUGUCACCCCCUCAGUUACAAAUGGACUGUUUGGCAGAUUCUGACAUGACGUCAUUAUUUGAAGAUUUAUCAACUUCAUAUCCACAACCCCAAUCACAACACACUCAGAUAAAGCUGGAAGAUUUUGCUGACUCCUUAUUAGAUCAGCCAGAAACCUCUUUUGACAUUUUGGAAGAUCUGAAUGUUUCCCUUCCCGAUGUUUGUCCUGAGGUGGAAGACAAAAAAGAGAUGCAAGACAGUCCAGCUUUAUCACCUACAAGAAGAAGUGCCAGAAUAGCGGAGAAGCGACGAUCUACUCUACAGGAAUUCAAACUGGAUGAUGAUCCGUGGCUUUCCACAAUUGAUCCGGAUUUCUUUGCUGCAGCAGAGGAUGUUGUGGUUCCCAUAGCAAAAAAGCAAAGAUCCAGUCAGUCAGAGUUUGAAAUGUCUGUGGAUGAAAUGGAGCAGAUGAUAUGGACUCUUGUCUGGAGUCAGGAUCAAAUAUAUCCGGAAUACAUCAAUUCCUUUGACAAAGAUUACAUUAAAAAGCUGCAUAAUGAAUAUUCUGAGAAGUACAAUAUGAAAAAUGAGUUCUUUGGCUUGAAGAAAUUGUUGUCUCCCGAGGAAUUCAACAGCUUCUACCUGGCUACAGGUAUUGACGUUGAUGGCCGCAUGGAGAUGCUCAAAAAGGCCAUUGAACAAAUCCAACAAGGCAUCAUCAAGUAUAUCUCGUUUGCCAGAAUCAUACCUGGAUUUGAGGAUCUUCCGACUGAUGACAAAUUAGCUCUCAUAAAAGCUUCCCGUUUUGAGUACUGGUUAAUGGGUGAACAUCUACACAUCAACACCGAGAUGAAGGUCAUUUACUACCCAGACACCAAGGCCCAGCUUACAAGAGAUGACAUCAUCAUGAUCUUCGGAGAACCAGAAGCUGUGGACCAAUGUAUUGAAUUUGCUGCAUCUUUACAAAAACUCAAGUUGACAUAUGAAGAAGUAGCAGUCCUCAAAGCCAUCGUUAUCACCUUCAGAGACCGGGAACCUUUACAGUGUCCUGAGAAAGUAGAAGCAAUCCAGUGGAAGUUGGUACAGUGUUUGAAAUACUUGAUAAACAAAUUCCACAAAGGCGAACCACAUCGCUUUUCUUCCUACAUGGACAAACUGAUCACCAUGAGAAAACUGACUGAAAUCAACAGGAAAGUGAACGGUAGAAUGGAGAGCCUCCACCUGUCCAUCAUGAAGCGAUAUCCCCUCGUGUACGAGUGUAUUUCCCAUGAUGCCAGAGAAAACCAGAGAGAUGAGGAAAAUCAAAAGGCUCAGCUCGAGUUCAUCAAGGAGACCUGUACUACAUAGACAAGUUUUGCAUGCAGGAUGUUUAAUAUUUUUUGUAUAUUUUAUGAAGUGGUUUUGUUCAUUACUUUCACAUAACAAAAAAAAAUCAUCAAUUUUCCUUAAUGAUUUGUUCAAGUUACAAACACUUAAGGAUCUUCUUAGUGGAUAUAUAAAGAGUCGUUAAAUUUUAGUCUAAUUACUUAAGUUACAAAGUAAAGAGUAUACCUUGUAAACUUUAGGAAUAUGGACUUGUAUGUAGUAUGAGGGAUUUGUCUAUGCAAAUUUUCUCUGAAGUGUAUAGUUAUGACAUCAUUAUCCAAGCUGUAGAGACAGUGUAAGCAUACUUAAUUUUUGCAGUGAUCUUAUUUUGCAUUUUUUUCCAUUAACUUUAAACCAUUAACAUGUUUAUACAUGUAUCUGACUAUCUGGUAUUCGAGCACUUGUUUAAAAGAAUUGUCAAAAUGCAUUAUUGCAUUGUUACAGGUUUUUGUUGAAAGAUGUAAUAAAUUUUCAAUUGCAAUAAAAUAAGUAUGUUUACAUAUUUCAAAGUGUAGAUUAAAAGUGCGUAACAUAAGUUUAGGAAGAUAUAUUUAAUAAGUAGAUACAGUUGAACCUCGGUAUCUGGUAGACCAUCUCAUAUACCAUGUAUAUGUUGAGUAAUUUGGAAGUUAACCACAUUUAAGUAUUUCACCCUUGAUAUCUCGAAUCCUCAGAUAUCUUGAAGUUUUUUCUCAAUCCCAUUUGAGAUAACGAGGUUUGACUGUAUAAGUAAUAUUAGAUUCUAAAAGUAAAAAGUUAUUGCAUCUUUAAAAUUUUGAAUUGCACAGAUUUUGAGGUUCUAUUGCUUUGUGCUUGUGAGAUUUAUGAUUUGUUGUAAUAUGUAACUAAGAAAUGUGUGUUUUGUUCUUUAACUAAACCUUUCUUACACAUAUUGAUUUUAAUUGAAUUAGAAAGUAUAUUCUACAAUGUAUUGGAAUGAAUAAGGAAACUCCUAGGUGGGUUUUUUAUAUGAAUUCUAGUGAUUUUUGGUAUGCUGAAUCAGCCACAUAUAGAGUAAUACUUAAUUAUCAUUGCAAUUUAUUUUACUUACUUCCAUCAAAUUUGUUAUGUGUUAUAGAAUUAUAUAUAUUACAUUGUACUAAUUUUUUAAUCUGUAUAACUUUGUCUGUUUUUGUUGCUGUUAAAAAUAUAUACCAAAAUCAUUUGAACACUUAGUUUUUAACAGUAUCAAAUAUGUCCAUGGUUAUCAGUUAUUUAAUCAGUGCAUCAGUCUUGAAACUUAAGUAAGCUAAAUUUGGUAUCCACUGUAUCGAGUCUCGCUGGUUUCAGAGUAUUGGAGUUGAAUUUCCAUAUCUCAAACACUGUUAUCUUCAAUACCAGGGAUUCUUUAUUUAUACCUUAUUCUUUAUGUCACCCUUGUUACCUCAAAUCCUCAGAUAUCUGGAACUUUAAUCUUGGUCCCAUGUAGGUCGAUAUAACAAGGUUUGACUGUAUUUGGAAUACCAUUGGAUUGUCGUUAUUUAGCUUUAUGCAACAAAUCCAUUGAAUUUCAAUUUUAAAAUAGUAUGAAAACAUUCUAUCCAGAAAAGAAAGGUACCCAUGGACAAAAUCCCAGCUGUAUACAUUAUCCAGUGUCAAAGACAAUAAAUGGCAUUUAUUGAAUUUAUAAUGAAUAAUUUGCAUAAAUCACAUAAACUGCUAUUUUGAAAAACAACCAUCUAAUUGUUCUUAAAAUAUAUUAUCUGUUACUUGUUGAAGAAUUCUUUUUAAUAUGUGCCAUUUCUUUCUUAAGGGUUUGCAUCUAUAAGUAUUAAAAGAAAAGAUGAAUAUAUAAACUUGGGACUAUUUGGGGCAUUUACUUACAGUAAAUAUUGUUGAAUUGUUAUAUAUUUUUAUUCUUUACAUUUUAAUAUACUAAGAAACAUUUUUGUACAUAAAUAUAUACAUUAUUUGUUGACUAUUUCCUUUUUUGACCUCAUGCACAAGAAGGCAUAGGUAGCAAAUUUUUUGUUUGCAUUAAUAAAAGUUAGUAAAUUAA